CGUGCCCGGCAGCAUAUGGGUAAAACCCUCACUUUUCUCAGCGGCGGCACCAGAAGCAGCCUUCUUCUUCGCAGUCCACUGCCUUCCCUCUCAAGCUCCAUCCAUGGCGGCCACCUCUCCUUCCUCGUCUUCUUCGCCGUCUUCAUCGGAGUCUCAUGGAAGCGGCGGCCUCGGGGGAGGGGCGAGAAGGCGGCAGCUGGGGCUCGUAGCGAACGCGAUGAAGCGCAAAGACAGCUUCGUGCAGCUGUUCCUGAUGACCGGGAUCCUGAUGCUGAGCCUGCGAUCGCUGGGCCAGAAAUACCGGAUCCACGACCUCUCCCACGACACCUCCGACCUCCGCCAGGAGCACGACUCCCUCGCCCUCCGCAUGGCCUCCAUCAAGGACGCCCUCCUUCACGAGGCCUCCCUCGAUCCCUCCGGCCUCCUCGCCUCCCACCUCCGCCGCCUCUUCCAAGACCCGAACUGAUGUCACUGAGCUUUCAAAGCUUCCUCUCCCCUCCCCUGAGUUUUGCAGAAAUUUUGUUGGCAGCCAUCGGCAGCAGAAAGUUGUUUGAUUGUUGAGCCACCUGCCAACUGUGGGAAAAGGAGAUUCUUUAUUUUCAGCUGUGGAUUUUGGGACCAACCUGAGCAACAUAGAAAUUUACUGAGAGUAUAAGAAGAAUCUAUAAAGUAAACAUUUUGAACAUGAUUGUGGUAAAAGACAGGUAUUCUGCAUAUGUUUCUCUCUUUCGCCCCCUCUUUUCUUUCUUUUCUCUUUUUCCUCCACAUGUACUUCCUACAUCUGUUUCACACACAGCAAACCGAAAGCCCUAGCUACUGAAGUUCAGAUCUUAUAUCCUGUUCUAUCUGAUUUUUCCUGCACAACUGCAACCAUUGUCAA